ACAGAGAGAGAGAGAGAGACCUUUUGAAGACGCCAUUAUAUACAAUGAUGGGCCUGAUAAGGGAGGAAUAAAGUGAGACUACACCUUCUUUGGACCCUGAGAAGAUACCACCAACAGGUAUGGAUGGCUCAGUAUAUCUCGCCAAGAGGGAAUAAAAUUCAGCGGAGUAGGAAGGAGCCUCUGUUACAAGGUGUCAUAGGAUCUUCUAUACUCAUCUAAGCUACCUCCAACUCGGGCAGAUAAGGUCUUGGAUUUAAUGUCUAAUCUGAAGGAUGACACACUCAGAAGUUCAGAAACCCCUCUAUGCUGCACUGCGCUGUCCACAAUCAAUCAACCUUGUGUGGGAAUAUAACCUACAGCUAUCUAUACUAAAGGUUUCUGCCUGCAAGCUUGUCUUGUUGCUUGUGUAAUACAGCUCCACAAGCCUUUGCAAAGUCUGACACUCUUGAUGAAUUGUGUGGAAGUUGCAAAAAUGACCAGCACCCUUGUGUUGCCGAUGACAUCUUGCACAUCAUAAAAGGAAAACAGUUAGAAGUGAUGGAUAAUAAAAAACAUAUAACGCUGAGGAUGUAUCCUAAACAAGCUCAUCAUGAUUCAUCUUAUAAUGUGGAGCAUAUGUACACCAAAGAAGAAAAGAACAAAACUAAUUUAAGUGCUGCUAAAAUCAUGAAUAACCACAAGUCAAAGCUUAGUAUCAGUGAAAUGGUAAAUAAAACAAUUCGGAUGAAGACACUUUCUGCAAAAAUGAAAACUACUAAUCAUGAACUCACAGAAGACAAUAACCCAAUGGAAGCAGAAAAUACAAUUUCUGAAGAAUCCUUAAAUUCAGGUAUGAAAGAUCUACCAAAAGAGUCAUCCAGUGAUAAAAAGGGUCAUGCCACAUUAGACAGACAGCCUAGUUUGGAGCAUUACCAACACUACUCUGAAGAAAAUAAUCCUAGCAAGGAUGAAAUCAUAAGUGUACACUCUGUGGGGCCUUCCAGGCAUACUCAGUCUGUGAUUAUUGAAAUGCAGUACAUACCCAAAGGAAACUCGAAAGAAGAGAAACCCAAAGAUGAAAGGCGAAUUAAAAGGAGAAAAAGAAACAUCAAGGAGCUAAUUCAGAAAAGAGAGCUGCAGGUGAAAAAUUCUGAGGCCAAGUCAGGUGAGAAUCAUAUUCAGCCACUUAACAAGAGAGGAAUAGAUGCUUUAUCUGACAGCAAGAUGAAAGCAACUGACCUUUCUAUAAGCUUUAUGAAGUACCUUGAUCAUUUGACUUUAAAUUUUGUAAAACUGGCUACAUUAAAAACUGCUGAAUCUCUCAAUCAGCAUCCACAUUCUACAGGUCUGAGAAGGGCUGGUGCUGCACAUGGACUUUUACCAGCUUCAUAUUCAUUUACCCAUAACUCAGCCAGUGAGAUACUUGAAGAAAGUAUUGACAGAGGUAAUGCUGAAUAUGAUGCAGAGAUAGAAGAAGAUGAAAGCCCCAAAGCACUAUCUUUUCCUGAAACUGUUGAAUCAAUAAAGGACAGUUCACAGGACAAUGAAUUGCCUUCAAUCCCCCUUGAAGAUAGGGAUGAGUUAGAUGAAGAUUUUUCUGAAGAUAUAACAUUGGUUGCAAAACAUGAACAAAAAAAAGAAAAACUAUCAUUCUCUACUGACAAUAAGAGAGCUCAGUCAUUUAAAGGCACAGCCCAGAUUCCAAAGAGCAACACAGAAAUGGUUAAGAGACUUGAGAGUGCCUUGGUGGAUAUUUUCCCAGAGAAGACUCUACAUAACGUGAAUACAUUUUUCAUUGUUUUCAACCAGAAGGUACAAGAUUACUGCAUAAACCCCCAUGUAAAAGGUUCCUGCACGAGACUCUUUGAAGGAGCUCGUCAGCUCUUAAAAGCAGUACAAGAAAUGCAGUACAUUCCAAAUCGCAAGACCAGGUCUCAAAAGGACUGGAAACAAUGGUUUUCAACUAAGAACACCACUAUAGUGACAUGCUCCUUAUUAGGUGGUGUACAUUUCAUUAUCUUAGGAUGUUUUCUAAUCAGGUAUUAUUUGCAGAAAAAUGCCAAAAAGGAUUUGUCUGAUGUGAAAUACAAGUUAUUGGAUCAGGAACCAAACAAAGAAAGUAACCAGAGUAACCAAUGCCCCCUGGAUGAAGAAAUGGGUCUGAUAAGUAACCAUAAAGCUGCAAAAGAACUAUAAAACAGUCUCAAGGAUGAAUAGUAAACAUGAAGCAAAAAU